UUCUGUUCAGAUUUUCGUUUUCUCAAUAUCGUCCUUCUAGCACGCAGUGACUGUUUAUUGGAUCCUAAACAUUUUGCAUUUUCUUCCCAUUUUUAAUAACCUUUACUUCACACUGGUACACGUAACGGAGUAGAAUCCAAGUUCCGCCUUCGAAUCCAUCAGGAGAAAAAUGAUGCAGUCAAUAUUUCAAACCAUCGUUUUAUUUGUUCUGUUUGCACAGAAAGAGUCGUUUGUCUAUGGCGAAGUGGUUCAUCUGGUUGGCUUCUCAAUCAACUAUCGGAACCCGGAUAUGCAGGAACGAGUCGAAUACCAGUGCUACCGGAGCUUAGUCGAUUCGGAUGCGACUCUUGAGUUCGGUCGCUACAUCUCUACCCGAUCAAACGAAACCGAACUGCCGUCAUCGGUUUCACACAGCAAGAAUCAAGAUGACCUUCAGGUCGUCAAGUUUAGAGGCGCGAUGAAAGACCAAGCCUACGGGGUGUUCUUUUGUCGAGGAACCAAAGCGGAUAGGGAUCCGACAUCCGUCUUGAGUUUCUUCAUCCGGUCCGACGCAAAGCUUAUCCCGGUCGCCGACGCGUUCACCCGGACCGUCAGCAUCGGCGAGGGCGCUGUCGAGAUAGCGAUGACCGUUGUAAGACCACCCGAACAACCGGGUGCCAUUACCCAAUGGCGAUUCAAUGGGAGUGAGCCAGUCGAAUCCCAGAACAACCGGACGACAUACCGGAUAGAUAGACCGGUUACAGUAGAGGAUGAUGGUAUCUACGAGGUCUACUACGAGGGGGAGAGAGAUCAGGCAAAGGGAGGAUUCUUCAGACUUAUUGUCAGAGCUUGCCCGCCAAACAGAUGGGGGCCUCCGGACUGCCAAGGAAUAUGCGACAAGUGCUACAAUGGCGGAGUCUGUGACGAUAAAUCAGGAAUGUGCAUCUGCCCCAACGGCUUCAUGGGACCGAACUGCCUCACAAGUAAGCAAGCCAGCAGAGGACAUGAUCUUUGA